AUGCCCAGAACAACAUUCUCCUGCGACCACACCGCCAUCACCCAAUCCUCCGAAGCCCGGAACCCGUACCUCCCAACAGGGACGACCUACCCUCCUCCUAAGUCUUUCUCCUUCCCAUGCCGCUCCUGUGCGCGCGAGCAGGCUCAGGAUGCUGAAGCGAACACCAGAGCGCAAUACGACCCGCAGAUCGAUAAACUGAGGGACAUGAUCGAUAGAGCGCUUUGGCACUUGACAAGGGACAACCCGGAGUUGAAGGAGGCGAUUGAGAGGAAGCAGGAGGAGGAGACAGGGUUGAUGGUGAGGAAGGAGAGGGAGUUGAUUAGGUGUUGGAAGGAGUAUAAGGAGAGAUGGGGGUAA